AUGUCGAAGAAUGGCGAGGUGUCAUCAAACCAAGGCCCGAGUAGACCGACUAUGCCGAAGCCUGACUUGAAUUUAUUUGGUUUGGAGAAGCGCAAAGGUUUGAACCUUCAGAUAGCCGGAGGUCCAUCGGGGGAUGGUGCAGCUUUUAUGCCAUUUCCUGCAAACCCGCCUCCUGUCCAGAGACCUCGAGUUCCAUCUCGUACUAUAAGAGAUGUAUUGCCUGAAAACACAAGAGACAGAUGUAGGAUAUAUCCGUCCAUGCAAUCGUCAGGCAAAUUGCAAUUGUCUGCAACAGAGGUCUAUGAUUUCACAUCUGAUGAUCUGCAGGAUCUUGGUGAAAUAGGCAGGGGUGCAUUUGGAGCUGUAAACAAAAUGGUCCAUAGAAAAACAAACCGUGUGAUGGCAGUGAAGCGAAUCCGCUCCACUGUCGAUGAGAAGGAACAGAAGCAACUAUUGAUGGAUCUUGAAGUUGUUAUGAAGAGCAAUGAAUGUGUAUACAUAGUGCAGUUCUAUGGAGCACUAUUUAAAGAGGGAGACUGUUGGAUUUGUAUGGAGUUAAUGGACACUUCAUUAGACAAAUUUUAUAAGUUUAUAUGUGAAAGGAUGCAGACUCGAAUACCUGAAAAUAUUUUAGCUAAAAUAACACUUGCAACAGUGAAAGCUUUAAAUUAUCUAAAAGAAAAAUUAAAAAUAAUUCACAGGGAUGUGAAACCAUCAAAUAUUUUAUUGGACCGAAGAGGAAAUAUAAAAUUAUGUGAUUUUGGUAUAUCUGGCAAGCUAGUGGACUCAAUAGCACGCACUCGAGAUGCUGGGUGCAGACCGUACAUGGCCCCGGAGCGCAUAGAUCCUGGACGAGCCCGUGGGUAUGAUGUGAGGUCAGAUGUCUGGUCACUUGGCAUUACUCUCAUGGAGGUAGCAACCGGCGCCUUUCCUUACCCACGCUGGGGAUCUGUGUUUGAACAGCUACAACAGGUUGUACAGGGUGACCCACCGAGGCUAACUAACACUAACAAUGCUUUCUCCAACAACUUUGUGAACUUUGUCAAUACUUGCCUCAUCAAAGAAGAAAAUCAGAGACCUAAAUACAACAGGUUAUUGGAACAUCCCUUUAUUAAAGGUAUUGAUCAAAGCAGGGCUGAUGUCGCUGCAUAUGUUUGUGAAAUAUUAGAAGCCAUGGAGCGCAAUGGUGUAAGUCCUUUCACAACAGACCAGCCCGCACAGGCAUGGGUUGAUUAA